AUGAAAGCAGUAACAGUUGUAAAUAGCAACACCACUAAACCCAGAAAUUCAGGCAUAUUCCCAUUGGAAGAAAAUCAAAGUCCAUCCGCAGGGAUAAUCAACAGUGAUGCAUCAACACUACCAAUUGAUGUUUUCAAUUCUGGAUCAAGCUUUCCAAACAGCAAUGAAUCCAUAGAUGCUAAUACUUGUUGGAAUAUGCGUGAUGAUUUGGAUUUAUCUACUCUAUUGGAUCCUUCUUUAUGGUCAAUUGAUUCUUCGGAUCAACGUUUUUCAGAUCCAUUGGCCGAUCUGGCUAAAAAUAGCCAUCAUCCAUUGUCACAACAAUCACAACCUCCAGAACAACAACAAGAGCAAUCAUGGAUCAGUCACAUUCAACAAUUACCCCCAACGCCUUCUUGUUCAUUACCCUCCACAAGAACACAAUCUCCGCUUAUGAAUGGAGGCCAACCUUAUCAUCAAGACUCCUCUUUUUUGCCUCCAACUCCUCCUGUGGAUAAUCAACCUGCUUUUGGUGUCCAUGCACCUGUACCAUCAUUACCCACGCAACAUCAUCCUUCUUCUGGUGCCAUGAUGAUGACUUCUCCUUUUGAUCCACAAGCAUCUCUUUCAUCCCAUUCUGCCUCUCCUCUCGUCAUCAAUACAAAUAACAAUGGCAAUCGAACUCAUUUUCAUAACAACAAAAUGUAUCAACGUCGCCGAUCGGAUCAACAACCUUAUCGUAAAAAUAACUCUUCUAAUGUUCCAUCCGUUCGUAGGCGUGCUGCAUCUGUUGCCUCUGUUGUUUCUCUGACCGCUCAUGAACCCAUUGCGCACAUGAUCAAUGGGAUUGAGCACAUCACUUUUUUGUACUCACAUGAUCGUCUCAUCAAAGAAUAUACUGUUCGUACAGAUGUGGAUAAUCUUGAUAUAGAUGAUGUCCCAAUGGAUUUUCGGUUACAAAAUGCUAUCUAUCCUAGAGCUAAUGUAGAAAAAGAAGAAUAUGAUGGAAAUCGAUGGAAUUAUGAAACAAGUUGUAAUCAAUUAGGAUGGAAACUAUGUUGGUUAAACCGAGAACAACUCUUUGGUAAACGUGGUCUCAUACAACGAGCAGUAGAUUCUUAUCGUAAUCGACAUACAGAACUUCGAUCUAGGAGGGUAACCAGACAAGAAAAAUUAGCUAAUGGCACUUUACGUAAAAGAAGAGCCAAAAAACUAACUAAUAGUUAUUUUUAA